AUGUCAGGUCUGAAAGACGAAGAAUGCAGAACAAAUUUCCGCCAACAUGUGUCUAUUCAUGUUGGAGUACGGACCAGGAAGAAUUGCGAUGAGAAUUCCUUUACGAAGUGCAUCCUGGAUGCUGGAAAGAAAACCCUCCCGGUUCAAAUGCCGCGGAAGAAGUUUGGUUUUGCAUCUACGGAGACAAGAUCCACGUACGAUUCUGUAUGUGUCGCCCGCAGCACUGGUGAUUUCAACCAGGAAAAGCGUCUUAGAAGCACUUUGCGUCGUCAACUGCAACAAGACCGCGAUAACGAGUGGGCGUCGAGAGCGAAGGAGUUUGAAAACACGUGGAAGGACAACAACCCGCGGAAAGCUUAUGCUUUGUUAAAGCAGGAUAGCCCCAAAAUGAACAGAUGUUCUCCAUCACUCAACACUGCUAGUGGAAAGGCUGUAGAUGAAGCAACCCUUCCAAUUUGGAGGGAUCACUUCAAGACCUUGCUGAACCGGCAAGCGCCUCAGCUCCUGAACUCGGGCACGUUUAUAGCCCGACAUAUGCAGUUAACGACAUACUACCGACUGAGUCGGAGGUUCGGAUCUGUAUCCAAAAGAUGA